UUGGAAAAUUGUAAUGACAAUUGCAUGUGGAGGUUGCAGACGGAUGGAGGAGUAACCUAGAAUGUUCUAGAGCCUUGCAGUGUCCACAUUUGCGUCCCCUACAUAGCCAUUCCAAGACCACUCAUCCUGCAUUGCCUAAAGCAUUCGCAUUGCGUCUUUGAUCUGUGCCAGCACUCUCUAAUUCGCGCCGCAAGCUCCACGGAUUUGUCGCUAUGGCAUCUGCUGUGGUCUCCGUCUCGAUCGUAGCGGCUGCAUCCCCUGCAUCUGUCUGCCGCGAGUCCAGCUCCGUGAAACAAUUCUCCGGUCUGAAGUCGACCACCCUGUCCGCUUCCAAGGCCCGGCGUUUGAGCUCCGUCCACAACGGCAGCCGCGUGCAAUGCAUGCAGGUGUGGAACCCAAUCGGACAGCCCAAGUUCGAGACCUUUUCGUACUUGCCACCAUUGACCGAUGAUCAGAUCGCCAAGCAGGUGGACUUCAUGAUCCAGCAGAACCUGAUUCCCUGCAUUGAAUUCGACACGGUAGGAUCAGUAAGCCGCACCAACUUCAGCGGCCCAGGCUCCUCAGGCUACUACGAUGGCCGGUACUGGACCAUGUGGAAGCUGCCCAUGUUCGGAUGCACCGACUCAGCGCAGGUGCUGCGGGAGAUCCAGGAGUGCAAGCAGUCCUUCCCCAGCUGCUGGGUGCGUGUGCUGGGCUUUGACAGCAAGAAGCAGGUGCAGAUUUGCGGAUUCUUAGUGGCCAGGCCCAACUAGAUACCUUGCGGGAACUUUUAGCUUCCGAACCAAGCAGGAGCAACUGCCUCUGUAGUGCAGUUCGAGGCAGUCAUCUUCGCAUCAACAUGUACUAUACAAUUUUGCAAAAACCAAACGUGUUGACUGAAAAGCUUUUCGCAGACGUGUAGUCUGAUUUCUCUCAUUCACUCCUGCAAAUCAGAAUACAUGUGGUACCAAUUUCGCCUCUA